AUGUUCGACCAGAACUGGUUGAAGAGGUACAUGCUGGCCAACCAGGCCAAGGGUGGCGCAAAGAAGCCACCAGACCCGUUCGACGAGUCACCGGCCUUGCAUGCAAGGCAAGGGCUUGGCAAAGCCCCGGGCCAGGUGCAGGCCAUCCAGAAGUGCCCACGCUGCGGUAAGGUCUGCCAAGCGGACGCCCCCAUGUGCUGGCAAUGCACCCAGGCCGAUCCCGACACCGGUCAGUUCCUGGCUGGGGUCUGGGAGCUUAUGCUCCUGCACUUCAAGAAGCGGCUCAAGGCCACGAACGUGCAAAAUCACAGGCCCUCCGAAGUGGCCUGGACUUAA